GCAAGACAGCGCUGAGAUCCCUGCCCAGAACUCCCAGGCCCCGCCAGACCUCCCCAAAUCAUGGGGGAGGAGGUGGGGAGGGGUCUCUCACCUGCCGUGCCACCGCCCUCAUAAGGGACUCGGUCAUCACCCGGUCCAGGAGCUCCUCCAGGAUGGGCCUGGCGUCCAAGGGCUCCUUGUGCCUGCGUCCAUGCCCAUGCUCUCCCGGAUGCCCGAGGGCAGGGGCGGAGUGGGGAGGGGUCCGGCCGGGACUUUUGGGGGAGUGAGGCUUGGGGGASGGAUGCUUCGAUUCCUUCGGCUGGGCUUGGACGGGCGUUCGCGGUUUGUCCUGUCGCGACUUGGUGGCGGCGCCGCCGCGGGAUUUGGAUUUCUGCGCGGGGACAGAGACCCCCACAGCUCCCACCGCCCGGGCGGGACCGGUCCAGUGCGCCCCAGUAUAGACCAGUACAGCCCCACACAUCCCAGCGUGACCAACUCAAUACAUCCCAGCCCACCCCGGCAUGGCGCCCCAGCUCACUCCAGUGUACCCCAGUAUAUCCCAGUACACCCCACAUCCCCCAGCUCCUCCCAGCCCCCCACCGGAGCCCUUUUGCCCGCCCCCGGUUCCCCCAGUCCCGCCCAGUUCCCCCAGCCCCACCUCGGCCAUCCCGCCCCUGUGGCGUCCCGGUUUCCACGGCGACGUGACGUCAUCACCGCGCGCCGCCCGCASUGCGUCAUCACGCCGCGACGCGUCUCCAUGGCGGCGGCGAGCACCGGGCCGUACCGCCGGGAGCGGACCCUGGCCCUGCGGAGCAGCAGCUCGGCUCUGUACAACAACCUGGCCGUGCUGUGCCCUCCUGCCCGGCCCCUGGCCUUCGGYGCCGUGCACGGCACCACCCUCAACCUGCUGGGCAACGAGGGUCCCCCCCGGCAGCUGCAGGCCCGCGGAGGGGGCUCGGCGCUCAGCACCCCGCUGCUCACACAGGCCGCGUGGUGCGAGCUCCCAUCCCGGGUGCUGCUGGUGCUCACGUCCCAGCGCGGUGUCCAGAUGUACGAGUCUGACGGCUCCACCAUGGUGUUCUGGCACGCGCUGAAUAUCCCGGAGCACCCGGCAGCACAUUCCGUGUUUGCCCGAGGCAUCGCCGCAGCCAGCGGCCGCUUCAUCUGCGUGGGGACAUCGUCUGGGGCCGUGCUGGUGUUUGACAUCCCCCCAAAAGGGACCAACGUGACGCUGAGCGAGGUCCUGGAGCAGCACMGGGAUCCCAUCACCGACAUCGCGGCCGAGCAGGGCCAGGCCCCGGAAGGCGCCGGGGACCUGGUGACAGCCGAUGACUCUGGGACCCUGUGCCUGUGGAGCAGCGGGGAGGARUUCACCCUGCUCGGGAAGAUCCCGGGAUCUGGCUCCACCUGCUCCUCGGUGACCCUGUGGAACGGGAUCGUGGCCGCGGGCUACGGGAACGGGCAGAUCCGACUGUGGGAAGCGGCAUUGGGGCGGAUCCGUGCCCAGGUCAGCGCCCACGCCCGCUGGAUCUACGCGCUCGACCUGGCACCGCUCACCGGCAAGCUCCUGUCGGGCGCAGAGGAUUCCUUUGUCCACGUCUGGAAGCUCAGCAGGAACCCGGACACGGAUGACAUCGAGAUCCGGCACUGCCACGCCGAGUGCGUGACGGACACGCAGGUUUGUGGUGCCCGCUUCUGUGACCCYGCUGGGGACACCUUCGCUGUCACCGGCUACGACCUGAGCGAGAUCCUCUGCUACGGCCCAGCCUGAGCCGGGAGCGCUGGAAAUUUCAGCAACACCGGGAAUUCCGGGAAUGUUGGAAACACCGGAAUGCUCCGGCAGUGCAACCGUGGGCGAGGGGUGAGCGCAGACCCCCCUCCGGCUCCGUGGGGAUGCAGCUGCUCCGGCUCCACCACCCCGAGGGGAUCCCCGGGAUCCUCCCGUGGYCUCCCACCCUUCCCGGAGGGUGGCGUGGCUGAGAACAGAGCCGGCUCAGACGGGAGGAUCCCGGGAAACCUGUGCUACCUGCUGCUCCGGCCGGGAGAGCCCCGGCGUCCCUGGGUGCAGCACCCGCUGGCCACGGGAGCCAGGGAGGGGAAAAAACGGGGAGGGAGGCUGAGGUGGGGGCUCCUGCAUCCCAAACCCCCACAGGACCCCAAAUCCCCAUGGGAUGCUGCAGUCCCGUGGCCMCUGGCCAGAUGUUUGGGGCCCCAGCUGUGCUCCGGGGCUGGAAACAGCAGCAGCAGCUGCAGCAGAACCCCAGGGACAUCCCCAGGUCCCCUCCAGCCCCCCCGGCUGACCCUGACCCCCCGAACCCCCCCGUGGGAGCUGAGGUGACCCCAGGCUCCGCUCCCAGGGCCCUGCGAGGCUGCAGGGGGAGCAU